UGUACCUUUGCACCUCGUCCCUUUGCUUUGCCCGUCCCUUGAAACAGUAUAAAUACACACACAACUCACAACACACUCAAAUUCUCCUCCAAACUACAGAAAAAUUUGGUGUUCAAAUUGGAAAAGCAAUUGAAAGGAUUUAUACCUCUGCCAGGUUAUCGAUAUCUUUAAUUAUAUUUUUUUAGUUUAGCUGUUGUUGGCGAUGGAGGCGCCCAGGGGUGCUGAAUCUCAGCCAGAGCCCGAACCCUCCGCUGCGGCGGCGGAGGCGCCCGAGGAGCACCAAGACCAGCAAGAAGAGGAUGAAAAUGAGGUCCUGAUGGCAAAAGCACAGUCUUUGAUGGAUAAGAUCACUGCGAACCCUGAGAACCCUAGCCCCAAUGUACUCCAUGCUCUUGCCACUAUUCUUGAGACUCAAGAAUCCAGAUACAUGGAAGAUGCAGAUCACUCUUCAACAAGUAAUGGCAGGUCUGCUCAUAAUGUGGGCCGGCUUGGGAACCUUAUUCGGGAGAAUGAUGAAUUUUUUGAAUUGAUAUCUUCAAAAUUUUUAACUGAAAAUAGAGAUUCAGUUGCAGUACAGGCUGCUACUACAAGGCUCCUGUUCAGUUGUUCGCUAACUUGGAUGUAUCCACAUGUGUUCGAAGAUGAUGUUCUGGCUAACAUAAGGGGAUGGGUGAUGGAGGAGAUACCCAGGUCAUCUGGUGAUGAUCGUAACUGGAAGCACGACACAGGAAAAAGGAAGACGAUAGAUUCUGAGAUGUUACGCACAUACUCUACUGGGCUUCUUGCUGUAUGCUUAGCUAGUGGUGGUCAACUAGUGGAAGAUGUGUUAACAUCUGGAUUAUCAGCUAAGCUAAUGCGAUAUCUACGUAUUCGCGUUUUGGGUGACACAAGCUCAAAUCAGAAAGAUGGUAAUCCGUUAAUUGAUAAUAAAAGUGCAUCAAACAUGGCAUGCCCAAAAGCCAAAGAGGAAGGCAAGGGUAGGUUGCGGCAAGUGACAGAGAGUUCUCACUCGGAUGUGGACACUUUGAAAGUACAUCCUAGCGAGAGGGAUCGUGAUAGAGAUCCUGUCUCGUUGGACGACCCUGAUAGAGAUCAUGAGAGGUGUGUUAGUAGGCAACCAUGUGCCGAUGAAUGUUGGGGUGACGAGGAACCUCCUGACAGUAUGGCCGUUGAAGUUGAUGCUUGUGAGGCAGAAGCAGCUGGUGAAGAAAAAUCCACUGUUAGAGAUCUUCGCGACUCAAAAACAAAAGCUGGUGGAAAAUCCCAUAGGGAAGAAGACUUUGAUGAAAAUGUCAGAGAAGACUCUUCCAGACGGAAGACAACUCGUGGAUUUUCCAGAUCACGAGGAAAGGGUAGGUCCAGUGAAGGAGUAUCUGAGAGUGAGCAAGGUUUGACCUCUCCAGGUUCGGGUAGUAGGUCAGGACAGGCACGGACUAUGAAAGACAGGAGUGUAUCUAGAAAUCAAGAUCCGAGAAGAGUUUCUGAUGCUAAAAAGGGCCUAGGUAGAAGCAAUGCUGAUUCUUUUAUCCUUGAAAGAGAUGACAAUGAUGAUUGCUUCCAAGAGUGCAAAGUUGGCUCCAAAGACUUCACUGAUUUGGUUAAAAAAGCUGUCAGAGCUGCUGAAGCUGAAGCAAGAGCAGCCAAUGCUCCUGCAGUAGCUAUUAGGGCAGCUGGCGAUGAUGCUGCUGAAUUGGUCAAGACUGCUGCAUUGGAGGAAUACAGAAAGACAAGUGAUGAAGAAGCUGCUGUGGCUGCUGCUUCAAGAGCUGCAUCCACAGUUAUAGAUGCUGCUGAUGCAGUUGCUCUCUCAAGGAGUUCAAGCAAUGCUGGUGGAGAUUCUGAGAAUUCAAAGCCUACUGAGUCAGAAAUUAAUGAAGAUAGCACUGAGUUUUUCGUUCCAGAUAGUUACUCCCUUGCGAAGCUAAGGGAGAAAUUCUGUAUCCAGUGUCUUGUUAUUCUGGGGGAGUAUGUUGAAGUUCUGGGUCCUGUACUACAUGAGAAGGGAGUUGAUGUUUGUCUUGCACUGUUGCAGAGAAGUGUUAAGCAUAAAGAGGCUUCAAACUCUAAGAUCCUUUUACCUGAUAUUUUGAAGUUAAUUUGUGCAUUGGCUGCUCAUCGGAAGUUUGCUGCGUUAUUUGUGGAUCGUGGUGGCAUGCAGAGACUCCUUGGUGUUCAAAGAAAUACCCAAACAUUUUUUGGGCUGUCUUCCUGCUUAUUUACAAUUGGUUCAAUUCAGGGGAUAAUGGAGCGUGUCUGUGCCCUUCCUUCAAAUGUUGUCCAUCAGAUUGUUGAGUUGGCUCUUCAACUUCUCGAGUGUCCACAGGAUCAUCAAGCCAGGAAGAAUGCUGCGUUGUUUUUCGCGGCUGCUUUUGUCUUCAGAGCAGUCAUUGAUGCAUUUGACGCACAGGAUGGUUUGCAGAAACUACUUUCUCUUCUGCAUGAUGCUGCCUCAGUAAGAUCUGGUGUUCCUGGGCCAUCAAAUAACUCGGGAGCACUUCGAAAUGACCGAUCCCCUGCAGAGGUGCUGACCUCUUCAGAGAAACAGAUAGCUUACCACACUUGUGUGGCACUGAGACAAUAUUUCAGAGCACAUCUCCUCUUGCUUGUGGAUUCAAUUCGACCCACCAAGAACGUUCGCAGUGCACCCCGUAACAUUUCAAGGGCAGCCUACAAACCACUUGACAUAAGUAAUGAGGCAAUAGAUGCUGUAUUUCGUCAAAUACAAAAAGAUCGAAAACUUGGUCCUGCUCUUGUGAGGGCCCGUUGGCCGGUAGUUGACAAGUUUUUAUCUUCAAAUGGUCAUAUUACCAUGUUGGAGUUAUGUCAGGCUCCACCAGUUGAACGUUAUUUGCACGAUCUGCUUCAGUAUGCUCUUGGUGUACUGCAAAUUGUAACUUUAGUUCCUUAUAGCCGAAAACUUAUUGUGAAUGCGACGUUAAGCAAUGAUCGGGUUGGUAUAGCUGUCAUCUUGGAUGCAGCAAAUGGUGCUGGUUAUGUUGAACCAGAGAUCGUCGAGCCGGCAUUGAAUCUGUUAAUAAACCUUGUCUGCCCUCCUCCAUCAAUCAGCAAUAAACCAAGUCCCAUCGUGCAAGGUCAGCAAGCUGCUUCUAACCAAACUGGAAAUGGUUGUGGUAUGGAGUCUAGGGACAGAAAUGCUGAGAGGAAUAUGUCAGAUCGAGCUGUCAACAUUCCUAGCCACAACGAACCAAGGGAGCAAAAUGGGGAGCCUGCUUCUGUAGAUAGAGGUGGCUCAUCAGCUGUUGGUAAUACAUCAUCACAGGCGUCUGCAUCUACAGUGGCUUCUGGUUUAGUUGGAGACCGUAGGAUAUCUUUAGGUGCCGGAGCGGGUUGUGCUGGGCUUGCAGCACAGCUAGAACAAGGAUAUAGACAGGCUAGAGAAGCCGUUCGUGCAAACAAUGGUAUCAAGGUUCUUCUUCAGCUUCUCCAACCGCGGAUGGUAACAUCUCCUGCUGCUCUUGACUGUCUUCGUGCUCUUACAUGCCGAGUUCUUCUUGGUUUAGCCAGAGACGACACGAUUGCGCACAUAUUAACAAAGCUCCAGGUUGGAAAGAAGCUGUCAGAACUUAUUCGAGAUUCUGGGAGUCAGACCCCUGGUGGUGAGCAGAACAGGUGGCAGGCUGAACUUGCCCAAGUGACUAUCGAGCUGAUUGGGGUUGUAACUAAUUCUGGGCGUGCAAGUACGUUAGCGGCUAGUGAUGCCGCCACCCCAACUUUGAGACGUAUUGAAAGAGCUGCCAUAGCUGCAGCUACUCCUAUUUCUUAUCAUUCUAGGGAACUUUUACUCCUUAUCCAUGAGCACCUUCAAGCAUCUGGUUUAGCAGAAAGUGCUUCUAUGCUUCUCAAAGAGGCUAAGUUAACGCCCUUGGCAUCUUUGGCUCCUCCAUCAUCUUUAGCACAUCAAGCUUCUGGACAGGAGUCUUUGUCAGUACAAAUUCAGUGGCCAUCUGGACGUGCCCCUCGUGGAUUCUUGCUGGAUAAAUCAAAACUUUCUCCUCAUCAGGAAGAUCCCACCUUGAGAUGUGAUUCAGCUAUCUUGUCAUCAAGAAAGAAACCAUUGUCAUCCUUGAAAGUUCCCCCAAAAUUGGAGGACAGCCCAGUCCCAUCGAACAGCAAAACAAACUUCAGUUCGCAGAAAGUUUCUGGAGCUGCAGAUGCUGCAGGAACUCCAUCAGUAUCUAUUCCAAAAUCCAGUGGGGAUGAUAUCCAGAUCAGAACUCCAAUUGUGUUGCCAAUGAAACGUAAAUUGACAGAUUUGAAAGAAAGUGGGUCGGCAUCAUCAGCUAAAAGACUCAACACUGGUGAGCACACACUUAGAUCUCCUGGUUUUACAACACCAAUAACUAUUCGGCGAGGUGGUCUGCAGUCAGAUGCAAACCUGUUCUGCACGCCAAGUUCCACUCCGAAGGAUCAUCAUAGUCGAUUCGUCCCAAAUAUCCUGUCAUCUGAUAUUGAUGAAACCCAGCUAACUGGUCAGACUUCCUCCUCCCAACUUGGACUUCUGAACGAUCCACAGCCUUCUGGCGCUGAACGGCUUACCUUGGACUCUCUUGUUGUUCAGUACUUGAAGCACCAACAUCGCCAGUGCCCAGCUCCUAUUACAACUCUACCUCCUCUUUCACUCUUGCACCCACAUGUUUGUCCUGAACCAAGAAGAAGCCUUGAUGCUCCAUCAAAUGUGACAUCCCGGCUUAGCAUGCGUGAAUUCAGAAGUAUGCAUGGGGGGAUCCAUGGACGUCGCAAAGAUCGUCAAUUUGUGUAUAGUAGAUUCAGGCCAUGGAGAACUUGCCGAGAUGAUAGUGCCCUUUUGACUUGUGUUGCUUUCCUUGGAGAUCCUUCUCGGGUUGCUGCUGGUGGCCAUACCGGGGAGCUGAAAGUGUUUGACUCUAACAGCAACAAUGUGUUGGAUAGUUGCACCAGUCAUCAGUCUCCUGUUACACUUCUGCAGUCACAUUUUUCUGGGGAGAGUCAACUAAUUCUUUCUUCAAGUUCAAUGGAUGUUCGAUUGUGGGAUGCAUCUUCAGUUUCUGUUGGUCCUAAGCAUUCAUUUGAGGGAAUCAAAGCUGCGCGAUUCAGUAAUUCGGGUUCCAUGUUUGCAGCAUUGCGAACAGAUUCAUCCCGCCGUGAGAUUCUUUUGUAUGAUAUUCAUUCCUGUCAGUUGGAUCUGGUGCUGACCGAUACGUCGAACCACCUCUCAGGGCGCGGACACACAUAUUCUCAUGUCCACUUUAGCCCAUCAGACUCGAUGCUGCUAUGGAAUGGAGUUUUGUGGGACCGUAGAGGGUCAGGCCCAAUACAUCGCUUCGAUCAAUUUACUGACUAUGGUGGUGGGGGCUUUCAUCCUGCUGGGAAUGAGGUAAUUAUAAAUUCUGAGGUCUGGGAUCUCCGAAACUUUAGGCUUCUUCGAAGUGUACCAUCCUUGGAUCAAACAGUAAUAACAUUUAAUGCCAGUGGCGAUGUUAUUUAUGCAAUCCUGAGGAGAAAUCUUGAGGACGUCACAUCAGCAUUUAACACUCGCCGUAUGAAGCACCCUCUCUUCUCUGCUUUCCGCACUGUGGAUGCUGUCAAUUAUUCCGACAUUGCCACCAUUCCUGUCGACCGUUGUGUGCUUGACUUUGCAACUGAACCAACUGAUUCUUUUGUGGGUCUAAUUACAAUGGACGACCAAGAUGAGAUGUACUCUUCUGCUAGAGUGUAUGAAAUUGGCAGACGCAAACCAACAGACGAUGAUUCAGAUCCUGACGAUGCAGAGACUGAAGAGGAAGAAGAUGAUGAAGGUGAUGACGAUUCAAUCUUGGAAGCAGAUCUUGAUGGGGAUGGUGAAAGCGAUGCUGAUGAUAUGAGUGCUGAUGACGACAGCAUAAGUGAAUUUGACGAUGAUGAAGAAGAAGAUGAUGCGGACUUCAUAAUGGAUGGUGUCGAUUUUGAUGGCGGUGGGAUUCUGGAGAUUGUGACUGAAGGUGAUGAGGACGACGAGAGUGAAGUCCUUGGAUCUUAUAGUGGGGAUGACGAUGAUUUAUUGUGAUGGAAAUGCUACAAAGCCAGGUUUUGGCAAAAGCUAUUUCAUGUAUCUGGAGAACAAGGUGGUAUUUCCAUAUCUCAAUCCUGGGAAGAAGGCAAAGGCCCGUGAAUGAGUUUCAAUAUUUGACCAAUAACAAAGAUGAGAUGUAACUACUUUUCACUAGUUUUCAAAUUUUUAGGGUUAGAAUUCUACACAUGCUGGGAAGGUAUCCAAAUUUUGUUUUGUGGAUUGCUGCUUUUGUCUAUCAUUGGCCCAUUUUCUUUUUGCCUUUUGUAUUUCUUGGAUGUGCAAACAUGCCCGCAGCAGUCAAUCAAUUUCUGCAAUGAUGAAUCAGAGUUGGUGUCAA